CUCGACCCCGUACUCUGUACAUCCCCGAGGGCGGUGUCAUCUUCUCCCUCCCCCGUGUGCCUUCUCAGCGGUCCGCCUCUGCUGUUCGACGGCUCCGGUACGAGCUGCUCCGCGUCCUCCCCCUCAAGCACAGCCCUCUUGAUCCUCAGGGGCCGCUCCACCUGCCUCGCACGCACGCCAGAGGGAGCCUUUGCUGAGCACCUCACGACUCGUACCAGAUCGGCUUCCCCGUCUCUCCUUGUCCUCCCGCAAACCCUCUUCUCAUCAAGAUGGGUGCCUGCAGCUCAUGCUGUGGUCGCUCCAGGAAUUCCUCUUACGAGCCACUGCUCCUCGACAAUGAACGCGAUGCAGUUGCCGAUCUGCUUCAAUACCUCGAGAACCGAUCCGAGACCAACUUCUUCACUGGCGAUCCACUGCGCUCCCUCUCCACCUUGUCCUUUUCAGACAAUGUCGACCUGCAAAGAUCAGCAGCACUAGCCUUUGCAGAAAUCACAGAAAAGGAGGUCAGGGAAGUUGGUAGGGAUACACUGGAACCCAUCAUGUUCUUGCUACAGAGUCACGAUGUAGAGGUGCAGAGGGCGGCUAGCGCGGCACUGGGCAAUCUUGCUGUCAAUCCUGACAACAAGCUCCUGAUUGUGAAGCUGGGAGGAUUGGAGCCCUUGAUCAGGCAGAUGCUGAGCCCCAACGUGGAGGUGCAAUGCAACGCCGUGGGCUGCAUCACUAACCUGGCGACUCACGACGACAACAAGACCAAGAUUGCCAAGUCGGGCGCGCUUGUGCCACUGACUCGCUUAGCUCGUUCGAAGGAUAUGCGCGUACAGAGGAAUGCCACAGGAGCUCUGCUCAACAUGACUCACUCGGAUGAGAAUCGCCAGCAGCUUGUCAAUGCUGGCGCCAUUCCAGUCCUCGUGGGUCUGCUAGGCUCCUCUGACACCGAUGUUCAGUACUACUGCACAACGGCCUUGUCCAACAUUGCCGUCGAUGCUGCCAACCGCAAGAAGCUCGCACAGACAGAACCACGACUGGUACAGAACCUCAUUGGCCUGAUGGAAAGCAGUUCGCUCAAGGUACAGUGCCAGGCAGCUCUGGCUCUGCGAAACUUGGCUUCAGACGAAAAAUACCAGAUUGAGAUCGUACGAUCGAACGGACUGCCACCUCUUCUCCGACUGCUGCGAUCCUCCUUCCUCCCCCUCAUCCUCUCUGCAGCGGCUUGCGUACGGAACGUCUCCAUCCACCCGCUCAACGAAAGCCCCAUCAUCGAUGCCGGCUUCCUGCACCCGCUCAUCGACCUGCUCUCGCACGAGGACAACGAAGAGAUUCAAUGCCACGCCAUCUCUACCCUACGAAACCUGGCGGCAUCGUCAGAACGCAACAAGAACGCAAUCGUGGAAGCAGGUGCAGUGGAACGCAUCAAGGAGCUGGUCCUGACCGUACCUCUGAGUGUGCAGAGUGAGAUGACAGCAUGUGCUGCUGUGCUAGCCCUGAGCGAAGACCUGAAGCCUCAGCUGCUAGAGAUGGGCAUUUGCGAGGUCCUGAUCCCUUUGACGGCCAGUCCGUCAGUGGAAGUGCAGGGCAACUCAGCUGCUGCCCUUGGCAACCUCUCAAGCAAAGCAGACGACUACGGACCCUUCAAUGCCGUCUGGUCGCAACCUUCGGGUGGGCUGCACGGCUACCUAGUCCGCUUCCUCGAGUCGCACGAUUCGACCUUCCAGCACAUUGCCGUCUGGACAAUCGUGCAGCUCCUGGAGAGUGGAGAUGCCACGUUGGAGGGCAACAUCAGGGGAAGCGAGCAGCUGCUGCCCCUCAUCAGACAGCUGGCCGAUGGAGCUGCCAGUCAGGACGGAGAGGGGAGCGAGAGGAAUGCUGGUGGUGCUGGAGGCGAGGGCGCGGGAAGCGAGGAUGAGCAGGAUGCCGAGGGCGAGAUUUCGAGCUUGGCAAAGAGGAUAAGCGAGCUGCUAGAAGCAUAAAGCGGAGAUGAGGAGGAGGAGGAGGAGGUGGUGAUGGUGGUGCCACAGCUGGGGUCGAGCUUUACUUCGAGCGGGCUGGAGCGAGAGCGAGGCGGGCCCAGAGAAGGGGAAAGGAGGGGCAAGAGGCCACGGAGGACCCACUUUCAUGAAGAGUCAGAGCCUUUCUCUGCACCAGCUUCAUUCCUCCCG